GUUUACUUCCAAUUUGGUUUCAAAGAGCCAUUACUUGAAACCUCACCUCUCUCUCUCUCUUUGAAAACUUUUCUCUUUGCUACCAUGAAGAUUUUCUAGGAAAAUUUUCGUUGCGGAAAGUGGUAUUUCUUGUAAUGAAUAUUUAUUAUCUUUCAAAAUAAUAGUACUUCACUUUCUUUUGAGUUUCUUUUUUUCUUUUUCUUUAAUAAUUUUCUUCUUCAUAUAUCAUAAACAAAGAUUCAGAAGCGCUUCUAAGAAAAGUGCUUGUUGAAGCUAGAGAGAAGGUGAAAUGGCUGGAAAUGAGUGGAUAAAUGGGUACUUGGAGGCAAUUUUAGAUGUGGGAAGUGGGAAAAGAAAAAUGGAUGAUGGGAAGUUGAAGCUUUCAAAGUUUGAAGAAUCAAAGCAAAAGGAGGGGCAAUUGUUUAGCCCUACAAAAUACUUCGUUGAAGAAGUGAUUAAUAGUUUUGAUGAAUCUGACCUCCAUAGAACUUGGGUCAAGGUAAUAGCAACAAGGAAUUCCCGUGAAGGGAGUAACAGGCUGGAGAAUAUGUGCUGGCGAAUUUGGCAUCUUGCUCGCAAAAAGAAACAAAUUGCUUGGGAGGAUGCACAAAGGCUAGCAAAGAGACGUUUCGAGCGUGAGCAAGGUCGAAACGAUGCUGCUGAUGACCUUUCGGAGCUCUCCGAAGGCGAGAAGGAGAAGGGAGAUGCUAAUAUUUCAGAAUCUUCCAAAUAUUUAACAAGAAUCAAUUCUGACUUGCAAAUAUGGAAUGAUGAAGAUAAGUCUAGCAAGAACCUCUACAUUGUCUUGAUAAGUAUGCAUGGGCUGAUACGAGGAGAAAAUAUGGAGCUUGGAAGAGAUUCUGAUACUGGUGGUCAGGUAAAAUAUGUUGUUGAACUUGCAAGAGCCUUGGCCAACACUAAAGGAGUUCAUCGUGUGGAUCUCUUGACAAGGCAAAUUGCCUCACCAGAAGUAGACUUUAGCUAUGGUGAACCCAUUGAGAUGUUGUCUUGCCCCGUCGACGGCAGUGGCAGUUGCGGAGCCUAUAUCAUCCGCAUCCCGUGUGGUGCUCGCGAUAAGUACAUAGCAAAAGAGUCACUUUGGCCACACAUACCUGAAUUUGUUGAUGGUGCAAUANUGGGUCAUAUCAUUUUGUCUUUAUAUGUUGAUGACAAGAUUAUUACUGGUGAUGAUAUUGAUGGUAUUUCAGUUUUGAAGACAGGGUUAGUUCAACAGUUUGAAAUGAAUGAUUUGGGUUCUUUACGAUAUUUCUUGGGUAUUGAGAUAGCCUACUCACCUAGAGGUUAUCUUCUCUCUCAGUCGAAAUAUGUUGCAGAUAUUCUUGAGCGGGUUAGAUUUACUGAUAAAAAAACUGUCGAUACUCCGAUUGAGGUUAAUGCAAAGAAUUCUUCUUCUGAUGGUUUACCUUUAUCAGAUCCUACUUUAUACCGUACUGUUGUUGGGAGUUUGGUAUAUCUCACUAUUACUCGUCCAGAUAUUACAUAUGUUGUUCAUGUUGUUAGUCAGUUUGUUGCUUCUCCUACUACAGUUCAUUGGGCAGCUGUUCUUCGUAUUUUGCGAUUGCAGAUUUCUUACCAAGUCGCAUUCUAUUUCCCGUUUUCGUUUUCUAGUUGGCAACUCUCGAUGCUUGUAGACUGCCGCAUCAACCGCGCCUCAUCUUUGUGUAUUAUUGCCACAAAGAACGGGGGACCUGUGGACAUUGUGAAGGUGCUUAACAAUGGUCUCCUAAUUGACCCGCAUGAUCAGAAAGCCGUAGCAGAUGCCCUCCUAAAGCUGGUUGCUGAAAAAGAAAUGUCUGAUUGUCAAAAAAAUGGACUCAAGAAAAUCCACCGCUUUUCAUGGAUAGAACACUGCCGUAACCACCUCUCACAUGUAGAAGACUGUAGGAACCAUCACCCAACCACACGUCUUGAGAUCAUGAACGUUCCUAAAGAACCAAUGAGUGACUCUCUAAAAGAUGUGGAAGAUCUUUCUUUAAAGGUCUCCAUAGAAGGAGACUUCAAGCUUAAUGGGGAGCUUGAUGCAGCAAUGCAACAGAAAAAACUCAUUGAAGCCAUCACCCAAAAGGCUUCCUUCAAUGGCAGUGCCAGUGUCACUCGCAGUCCUAGUAGAAGGCAGAUGCUCUCUGUAAUAGCUGCUUAUUUCUAUGAAAGCAACAGCAAUAUCACAGAGAAGUUUCAAACAACAAUCAAGAAUGUGAUGAAAGCAGCAGGAUUGAGUAUAGGCUUGGGCAAAGUAGGCUUCAUAUUGUUAACUGGUUCGAGUUUAUGGUAGACUAUGGAAGCAAUCAAAAGCUGCCCAGUAAAUAUAGAAGAUUUUGAUGCAAUAAUAUGUAACAGUGGAAGUGAACUAUAUUACCCAUGGAGAGAUAUGGUGGCUGAUUUGGACUGCGAAGCCCAUGUAGAAUACAAAUGGCCUGGUGAGAAUGUGAGAUCAAUGGUGAUUAGGCUUGCGAGGACAGAAGAUGGAGAUGAGGAUGAUGACAUUGCAGAGUAUGUGGAUGCAUGCAGUUCCAGAUGCUACUCUUACAGCAUAAAACCAGGGGCCAAGGUUGAAGGAUUGAAACAAGAUGAAGCUCUCAACCUGUUUGAAUCAAAGGCCUUCAAAACAAGAAACCCUCUGGAACUGAUGCAGUUUGAAGGAAUGAUACUGGACCAGCCUGAAGUUGAAAUUCUAAACUUGAAUGCUUUUGAGAAGUUGAAAACAUGA